GGUGACAGUAGACUCUAGAAUCAUCUCACUACUGGCUCCCAUUGCGUCACUAUAGACUGGCUCUCAAUCGCACACCAGUUGCUUAAAAAGGGUCAACCACAUCGGCAUAACAUCCGAUUCAGUUCAGCAGAUUGGUUCUUCUAAAUCACCAUCGUCUUUCUCUGCUCUCUUUCUUUGUUUCUCUCUAAGGGGUGUUCUGAGAUCACGUUGAACCAUGGUGAAGGGCGUUGCUGUUCUUGGCUCCAGUGAGGGUGUUAAAGGAACCAUCAACUUCACCCAAGAGGGAGAUGGCCCAACUACUGUGACUGGAAGUAUUUCUGGCCUCAAGCCUGGGCUUCAUGGUUUCCAUGUCCAUGAAUUUGGAGACACAACCAACGGUUGCUUGUCAACUGGACCGCAUUUCAAUCCUGAUGGCAAGCACCAUGGUGCCCCUGAAGACGAGAUUCGCCAUGCCGGUGAUCUUGGAAAUAUCACUGUUGGGGACGAUGGAACUGCAAACUUCACAAUUAUUGACAAGCAGAUUCCUCUCGCUGGACCACAAUCAAUCAUUGGUAGGGCGGUUGUUGUCCAUGCAGACCCUGAUGACCUGGGCAAGGGUGGACAUGAGCUUAGCAAAAGCACUGGAAAUGCUGGUGGCAGGACUGCUUGUGGUAUUAUUGGUCUCCAAAACUGAACUUGAUCGCAAAGCACAAGACAAGACAUGCAGUUUCAGUUGAAUGUACUAGUUUCUAUAAGCUUUGAGAGGGAACUGAACGCAAAACUCCUUUGAAUAAGAAGAUACAUCUGCCAUAUUUGGAUGACAUUGUUUUGUUUGGUGCUAUUUAUAGAGUGCUUAUGAGUUUGUGCGUGUUUGUUUCUUUAGCUCUCUUCAAUAUCGCUGGUUCAAAUUCAAACUUCAAGGAUAAAGAUAUAAAUGCUAGCAACCUUCUCUA